UGGGGUGGGAGGUACACCCACAGCGACUUUUAUAGGGUGGUCUCCCCCUUCCCCCCACCCCCGUAGUUAAUAUUGGGCUCGCCUCUUCCGCUGAGUGAAUGGACAAGGUGACACUUGUGAAUAUUGCUUCAGUGACAGAGGACCCUUUAAUUCUGCAGACUCAUAAAUACUGGCCAAGCACUGCUGUAUGGAGCAAUGUUGAGAUUCCAAGAAGUUGCUAAGCAUGGUGCUCCUCUUAUGCCCAUUUCUACUUGCUCAAAGACCUUGAUUGCAGGAAGAUACACUAUUCAACAGAAACUUGGGCGUGGAAGCUUUGGAACUGUCUACUUGGUUUCUGACAAAAAAGCAAAAGAAGAAGAAGAACAAUUGAAAGUUUUGAAAGAGAUCUCCGUGGGAGACAUUAAGCCUAAUGAAACAGUUGAGGCAAAUCUAGAAGCGCAGUUGCUGUCCAGGCUAGACCACCCAGCCAUUGUCAAAUUUUAUACCAGCUUUGUAGAAGGAGAGAGUUUUUGCAUCAUCACUGAAUACUGUGAGGGUCGAGACCUCGACUUUAACAUUCAGGAGUACAAAGAGGCUGGCAAAGUAUUUCCUGAAAGCCAAAUAGUAGAAUGGUUUAUACAGUUGUUACUUGGAGUCAACUACAUGCAUGAAAGGCGAAUACUUCACAGAGAUUUGAAAGCAAAGAAUAUUUUUUUGAAAAACAACCUUCUUAAAAUUGGGGACUUUGGUGUUUCUCGCCUCUUGAUGGGAUCCUGUGAUUUAGCAACUACUUUUACUGGGACACCUUUCUACAUGAGCCCCGAGGCCCUGCAACACCAGGGUUAUGACACAAAAUCAGACAUCUGGUCCCUAGGAUGCAUUUUAUAUGAGAUGUGCUGUUUGGAUCAUGCAUUUACUGGUCACAAUUUUUUGUCCAUUGUUUUAAAAAUUGUGGAAGGUGAAGCACCAUCUCUGCCAGCCAUCUAUCCAAGCGAACUUGAUACCUUGCUGCACAGCAUGCUGAGCAAGGAUCCUUCACAGAGGCCAUCCGCUGCAGAGAUUUUAAGGAUUCCAUACGUUCGUGAUCAAUUACAGAACAUGAAGUGUAAAUUCACAAAUAUGACUUUGAAAGACCCAGCGCUUAAUUCUCAGGAAGAAGCCGCCCAUAUCAUUAAUGUUGUGCAGAAAAAAGUACAUCUACAAACUCUGAGGGCCCUCUCGGAAGUGCAGAAAAUGACACCGCGUGAACGAAUGAGACUGCGAAAGCUGAGCAUUGCUGACGCGACAGCACAGAAGCUGAAGCAGUUGGCUGAAGAAAAAUAUCAAGAGAAUCUCAAGAGAAUGCAGGAGCUUAGAUCCCGUAACUUCCACCGUGUGAAUAUAGAUGUGCUUCAUGAACCUGAUGAACAGACAGCAGAGACUCUGAUUAAAUCUCAGCCAGUCACUACGUUGAACUAUCUGUCCAUAGAAUGUGAGGAUCAAAGUGACAGUGAUGCAACAGGCAGACUCUGUAUGUCUGAUCCUGUGGAGCGCGAGAUCCCAGAAGAUCCAGUCAUUGCAGAAGAGUAUUAUAAUGAUGCAUUCGAUUCAUGCUCAGAAACAAGUGAGGAGGAGGAAGAGGAGGAGAUAGAAGUCGAAGAGAUGGUCACAUCACAGACUGUGUGUCAGACAAAUCGGCAGGACAGUGAUGUUGAAGCAAUGGUCAGGUACAUGGAGAACAUCCUAAACACCAGCUGUCUAGGCACUGGGACUGUCACCAGAGCGACUCCGCUGGGACCCGAACGAUCAGGAGUGCUGAGUGGCACCACGGCUGCAACCAAGCUGAGGAGUAUGAGGGAGUCAGCCAUUCAGAAACUGGGAACAGAAACCUUUGAAAAAGUUUAUGAAUUCCUGCAACGAGCAAGACGACAGAAUGCAAGUGAAAACGAAAUCAGAGAAUACCUGGAAAAAAUGGUGUCUCGGGCAAGUGACUGUUUUGAAGUAGAUCAGCUCCUCUAUUUUGAAGACCAGCUGAAGGCUUCUGAAGAAGCCUCUGUGUGACAUCGAAGAAUGGUUUUACUUGGAGCAUCAGAAAUCAAUAAAUGGGGCAGUGUUCAGAUGGAAGCAGGCAUUAUGCCAUAGGGUUAGGGCAAUGAGUAUCAUGGAGACACUGACAGGAAUAAUGUAUGCCAUUUUCUUAUUUGAGACAAAUAGUACUCUUACUAUCUCCAGGUGAAACCAGGAGAUCUUUGAUUGAUUCCUACAGCAGUAUUGACACUUGGAGCUCAAUAAUCAUUGCCUCGAAAAUUGCUGGAUUAUGGCUGCCGAUCACAAGUGUGCGUACUCGAGUACUCCAUUGGGAGAAAUUGGGGUGUUCAAAAGCCUGCAUUUCAGCCAUGUUUCAAAAUGAUAUGCAAGGAAAUGCUUGAGAUGUGAGGUACAGGGAUAAUACGGGAUAGAGGGGAAAUAAAACACUUCACUUUGAUUUACUUCUAUCGUGCAAAGAAGGAACCUUGUAAGAAAUUUUUAAAAUCAAUGUUGGGGCUGAAUCAGAUGGUCUCCAGCAAACAUUUUCAGUGUGACAAAGGUGCUCUGAGAAGGGGGGGGGGAGGUUUCUAAAAUCCCCCAAGAAGUUUGCCUCUUUUUGCACCAGUUUUCUGCUUGUUUGCUUCUUCAAUCAACUGCAGCAUUUUUGUCUGUUUCAAAAUUAGAUCCUCUUCCUUGCAAUCAGUUGGUACUGCAAAGGGAUUAUAAUGCAGGGCGGCUGACACAGCCUCAUGCCAGCUUCUUCUGCCUACAUACCAGAUGUUGGGAGGAGGGAUGGUUAAGGUUGCUUGAAUGUGUGCCAGGGCCUGCAUUGCCAUCUUCUCCCCGCAACACCUCCAUGACAAAACAAACCCUACAAAAGACCUGAAGAAAAAAGGGGGCGGGGUUAAAAUAUUUGCAGAACACGCAUUGCUGGUGCGCUUUUGCCCUAGUAAAUGAAUUGCUUUGUAAACUAUUAACCUGCUUUUUUCUGUUUAUACCAGUGAUCUGUGACCAUGCUUUAUCUAAAAGUCCUAACACCAGCAUUUCUCUUCCCAUUUUGCAAAUGGCACCCUUGCGAGUUAAAUGCGAAUUUAAAAAAAUAAAAAUAAAAUGCCAUGUUGUUCUGUUUAUGCCGCAGCUGUUUCCAUCUGGUCUCUUGAAAUUCCCUACUUUAUUUGCAAGCACAGAAAUCAGGAGGACCAUUUCACCCAAUUCCUCUGGGCAAGAAGAAAUUUUCUAACGGUUUCUCUGGGGCUCAGCAUUAACAGUGAUAGUAGCACAGCUCCCAUACCCCUCAAAUAUGGUGUGUGUGCUGCCACUGCAAAGAUCAGCAGCAGCAACAAGUGCACUGGCAGCCUGCCCACCACACUGCCUUCUUGACGGUGCCCCCACACCUAGGCCUUCCUUGAGCAUUGGAAGGAAAUGAUUGCUGCCACCCAAAAGACCGUGAAUAACGAAGGAAACUCUGCAAAGUGAUAAAUUUUGGCUCAGCUCCACUUUAUGCAAAUCUUGCAACUUUUCACUUUGCUUCGCGGUCAGCACCCUCUUAAGAUUUCCUGUGCUUUGGGGGCCAAGUGAUACAGCCUCAUCUGCUGAGUCGUCUGUUACUAGUUCAUCGUAGGUUCUGAGCAUCGCAAAGACCGUAUUAGAGGAUGGUUUAAUAUCACACCAUUAAGAGUCCUCAACCCCUGGGGCUUUGGCAUUAUAAAGCUGCAAAGAACAAUCUUUGGGUGAACAAGACUCCCUGGAGCAAUUGGCCCUCAAAAAUCCAUUAACUGUAACCUUUACAUGUUGUGGCUACCCACUCUGCUUCAGGUAAACUCUCUCAAGAGCUUUUUGAUGCAUUUUUUUAUUUAUUUAUGAAAGAGACCGAGCGAGCAAGAUCCAAGCAACUCCGGCAAAUUCUAUUUCAUGGGUACGUUUCCAAGAUACCCAAAGCUCGCAGCACCUGAUCCCUUCACAAUCUAUUGCUCUGAUUUACAACUCGCAUACACUGCCGCAGGCAAGCAAGCAGAGUUCUGGCCGUGCCAAUUCCCCAGUUGCUUCAACAGCAGAUCAUCUCCAUGGGCAGCAGGGGCUGCUAAGGUGCCCUGUUAAGUAUGGUGUUUUAAUUCACUGAGAUUGCAAAUGCUUGCAUGCAUUAAAGUGGUACCUUGGUUCUCAAACUCAAUCCGUUCUGGAAGUCCGUUCCAAAACCAAGGCGCACCUUCCCAUAGAAAGUAAUUCAAAAUGGAUUAAUCCGUUCCAGACCUUUAAAAAUAACUCCUAAAACAGCAAUUUAACAUGAAUUUUACCAUCUAACGAGACCAUUGAUCCAUGAAAUGAAAGCAAUAAACAAUGUUUCAAUCAAAACCAGUAGCUGAACUGGGUUCCACACAGUCACAAAAAGAAAAAAAGAGCCGCUAAAACAAAAACGCAAAAUAAAUAGCAAAAACAGACAGACCUCAGCGUAACACUCAAAACGGAAGUGUGGCACUCAAAACGGAAGUGUGGCACUCAAAACAGAAGCGUAACACCCAAAGCGGAGCAUGUUUGACUUCUGAAAAAGUUUCCAAAACUGCCAGUGGUUUGCAGUGUUUGGGGUCCAAGUUGUUUGAGUACCAAAGCAUUUGAGAACCAAGGUACCACUGUACUGUGUGUUCAAAUUUGAUUAGUUGGUAACUUAAUUCUAGAGAGUUAUCUAGUAGUUCUCAAGUGAUUGGCUCACAUUGGCCACAUGGGAAGUAUCUAGUGAAGGAGAGACCCCAUUUUAUGUGAAGCAAGACAACUGCGUUUUAGAAUCCACUGUGAACACUGCUAAUUUGCAUAGAGUGUCAGAAUGCUGCUUCUCUGCUUGAAAGAGAGCAAAGCUGCAGGAGAAGGUAGAAGUGAAAAUCUUUUAUAGGAGCUGCAAGGCAUGACCUAAUUGAGAUACAGAAGACUGAGUGCUGAGCUCUGGAAAGAGUGAAAACUUCUGGUUUGCCUGAGCACAUUAGCACCCACUUGUUUGCAGGAGUUGAGACACUUGGCUAUGGAGCAAAGGGGCUGUGUAAAUCAGGGCAAUGGAGGAAUCAUGUGCAGUAAGUGAAAUAGAAAUCCUUGAAAGUUUGCCUGUCAUGGGGCUCUUCCAGACAGGCUCUUUAUUGAGCAUUCAUCCUGAUAUGCUUAUGUGAAGGUUGUGCUAUAUCCAGGUCCUUAUUGAGCAUUCAUUCCAAUCUGUUUGUGGGGAGCUGAUACAGCAAUGAGCAUUCAUCCGGAUUUGCUUGUGCAGUGUUUAUGCAUCUUCCCACUAAGCAUUCGGUUAUCCAACACUUUCAAGUAUAUUUCCCCAUUACUUUCCCUAAUUGCAAAAAAAGUCAGCUACCAUUGUAAUUGCAAGAAUGCCACCCAACUGCAGUGCCAGUGCCUGCAUUUUCAACUGGAACGCAUGCCAAUUUGCAUUUGUGGGAAUAAAACUAAGGACAACACUGUCUAAUGUUCUGCAAAACCAAUUUUCAGCUGAUAUUAAACCUGGAACUGAGUGCAUUUUCCUUCACUUUCCUCUCGCCUCUUAGCCUUCUACAGAUUUAACGCGGCCUUUCUCCUGCUCUUUUCUGCAUUCGAUUCCUUAGUUUAUUUUGUUAUAGAUCUUUUUUAUUUAAAAAAUGCAUGUGUUGAAACAAUUGGCAAAAUAAAUAGGGAUCCAGGUUGUGGUGUGAAGUAUUUAUUCCACCUCCUUCACUGACACUCAUCAUGUCAGAGCAGCCUGACUCUGCCCAUUGAGAAUGCUGUAGCCUCCCCUGCCUACAGGCAGAUAAUGCUUUAGGGAGAUACAAUUGCACACACAAAGCAAGACAAACCACAGGCUGCCUUUCUCCACCUGUCUUGAAUCCAGAAUUCCCAAGAGCAGAGUGCUGCUCAUGCCAGGCUCCUGUUGGAGGAAGUGGGUGGAGACAAAUUUUGCUCAUUCUUCUUUCUCCCUG